CGAUGAGUAAACUCCGGGCAGCAGCUCGCAGCGGGCGGGGACUCCAGCAGCGUGCAGGGGAAGUGAGGAAAUCCCCAAGGAGGUGCAGGGAGAAUGUAUCAUCCCAUAAAGGCAUGCUUCCUCCAGUGUCUGCGUACCAUCUCUUCAGCCACCUGGCAGAAAUCGAGGCCUUUCGGAAGAAUUUGCUUGCCUGGUACGACAAAUGCAAGCGUGACCUUCCCUGGAGGAAAUUGGCUGCAAGCGAAUCAGAUACUAACAGACGAGCAUAUGCAGGUGAGACAGAGAGAACACAGGCUGUCUGCUUGGGCUUCUUUUCUCAGGCAGAAGGUUUGUCGCGGCAUAUCGUCUUUGCCUAG